CCUCCUUCUUACUCUAUCAGCCCCACAGACACAUUCUCUCUCUCUCCCUCUCUUUUCAAAAGGAAGAGAACAAGGGGGAGAGAGAGAGAGAGUGUGCGAGUGAGUGAGUGGGGGACUUCACUUUCCCAAUUUCAAUUCUCUCACCUCCCACCUGGAGCACACCAGCAAGACAAUGACCUCCACAACCCAUGUCAACACCCAAACACCACACCCACCACCUACAAACCGCCAAAACCACCGCCCCUACUACCCUCCUCCGCCACAAUCUUCUUCCUCCUCCGCCUCCUUCAGAGGCUGCUGUUGUUGCCUCUUCCUCCUCUUCUCUCUCAUCGCCCUCCUAAUCCUUGCCGUCGUCCUCGUCGUAGUCCUCGCCGUCAAACCCAAAAAACCCCAAUUCGACCUCCAACAAGUCGGCGUACAGUACGUCGGCAUCACACCCAAUCCCACCCCAACCACCCCUCAAUCCGCCUCCGUCUCUCUCAACAUUCGCAUGGUCUUCACGGCCGUUAACGACAACAAGGUUGGGAUCAAGUACGGCGAGUCCAGAUUCACUGUCAUGUACCGCGGUAUUCCAUUGGGUCGGGCCUCCGUGCCCGGGUUUUACCAGCCCGCUCAUAGUGUGAGGCGAAUCGAGACCACUGUAGUUGUGGAUCGGGUCAAUUUGCUUCAGGCUGAUGCUGGGGAUUUGGUUCGGGACGCGACUGUGAAUGAUCGGGUUGAGUUGCGGAUUUUGGGUGAGGUUGGGGCUAAGAUCCGGAUUCUUGGGAUUACUUCGCCCGGUGUAGAGGUAUCGGUGGAUUGUAAAAUAGUGAUAAGUCCAAGGAAGCAGUCUCUCACUUACAAGCAGUGUGGAUUUGAUGGACUAAGCGUCUGAGUCUGACACCUCCUGGCAGUGAGAAGCAUCUUCCCUCUUAUUUUCAGAGCUUAGCUACCCCCUUAUUUACUCUCUCCUCAAAAGUUUAGUUUGUGGAGAGAGAUGGGAUUAUUAAUGGCUACACAUGGAAGGAGGAGGAGGAGUAGGCAGAAAGCAAACUUGAUAUUCUAAUUAUUUAGGGGAUUAAUCUGUCAGCUUUUUGAAAAUUUUUGCUCUCCCACGUAAAGCUUAGACUAAUUAAUCUCUCUCUCUCUCUCUCUCUCUCUCCAAAAAGAAAUGAAGAGAGAGAAUCUGGUAGAGCUGCCUUAAUGUGUAAGCACUCUGAAUCAAACAUGACUGAUCUGUAAAGGGUCACGUUGCCAGAAGAUGAAUGUCUUUGUCAAAAAAGAUUCCCCUGGAAAUGGCCAUUUUCCAUUGCCACUUUAAUUGUCUA